CGCGCGCGGUGACGUCGCCCGGCGCGCCAGCCUCCGGCCCCGGGCCGCCCGGGUUAGGGGGAUACGGAAGGAGCGCUGCACCGCGCUGCGGUCGCGGACGCCCGCGCAGUUGCGCGCCGCGGAAGGCAACUGGAGGUGAAGCCGCCUCGGGCUCACAUCCUCCCUGCUCGGCCACUGCGCCGAAGGUUUUGGCUAUCUGAGACUUUUUGAAUAAUCCUCCCAAUCGGCCAGCGGGGAGCCCUCCGGGUUACUGCGUCCAUUGUCAUUCAAAGAGCAGCUACUCAGUCAUUCCAGGCUCGGGCUCCCGACGUCUUCUUGGGCGUUGGUUGUGUGAGCGCCUUAUCAGGAGGUGGAAGAAAUGAGCGGCGGCUUGGCGCCAAGUAAGAGCACAGUUUAUGUAUCCAACUUGCCUUUCUCCCUAACAAACAACGAUUUAUACCGGAUAUUUUCCAAGUAUGGCAAAGUUGUAAAGGUUACCAUAAUGAAAGACAAAGAUACUAGGAAGAGUAAAGGUGUUGCAUUUAUUUUGUUUUUGGAUAAAGACUCUGCCUUAAACUGCACCAGAGCAAUAAAUAAUAAACAGUUAUUUGGUAGAGUGAUAAAGGCAAGCAUCGCCAUUGACAACGGAAGAGCAGCUGAGUUCAUCCGAAGGCGAAACUACUUUGAUAAAUCUAAGUGUUAUGAAUGUGGGGAAAGUGGACACUUAAGUUAUGCCUGUCCUAAAAACAUGCUUGGAGAGCGUGAGCCUCCAAAGAAGAAAGAAAAGAAGAAGAAGAAGAAAGUUCCUGAACCAGAAGAAGAAAUUGAGGACGUAGAAGUGAGUGAAGAGGAAGGGGAGGACCCGGCCCUGGACAGUCUGAGUCAGGCCAUAGCAUUCCAGCAGGCCAAAAUUGAAGAAGAGCAAAACAAAUGGAGACCCAGCCCAGGGUGUCCCUCGACCUCAGAUGAUUCUAGACGACCAAGAAUAAAGAAAAGUACAUACUUCAGUGAUGAAGAAGAACUUAGUGAUUAAAAUAUUUAUUUUGUAAAUAUUAUUCAAAUAAAGUCCUACUGUACCAAAUGCA